AUGACGGCCAUCCCCGAAGGCUAUGUGCCCGUGGUCGACUUUGGCUUUUGUCCACCCUCGGGGAUCUUCUUUCAGCUGGGGCUCUACCUCUUCGAGCCUCGUUCAGCUGUGAGAGCUUUUUGCACCUCUUGGGUCGCCUCACCGAGUCCCGACCAAGACAUCGUGAACGACCUGGUCCAGAUCAGCACCUUUCUACUGCACGGAGACUGGUGGUUUGCCGCGGUUCUGAGCUUCUUCAUUUUUCUUAGCUUGGGACUCACGAUCCCGAAGAUGUGGGCGGACAGCGAUCUGCAGCGCUUCGACCCACUGGGCGAAGCCCGGCUCUCCUUGGCCCGGGGGGUGCCGACCGUGGCUUGGGAGCGGAUGCUAGCUGCGGAGCGGAACAUCGAAGCCCCGAGCACGGGGCUCAUCGCGCCCUACGGCGCAACGUUGCUGGCACUCACGCCGCUGCAGGCAGCCAGCUGCCUCUAUGGGCUCUGCACCUCCGCAAAGGCCAUGGCCGAGGGCCGGCUGCAUGUGGAGGUGGUGAAUGGCACGGACACUGGAGGCGCAGAAGCCUUGAAAGCCGUUCGCCCGGUGAAGGCCGCCCUGCUCUUUGCCUGGUAUUUCGCCGCCUUUGCUGCGGAGCUGGCGGCCUUCGCCGUGGCGAGCGCUACCCUGCACCCCAUCAUCGUGGUGCCGGGGUACCUCCUCGGUGCAGUGGCGAACGGAGCAGCGACGUGGUGGUCUGGAUCACAGGAUUUUUUGGACACGGCGGCAUUAUCUUGCGUCAUGGUUGCCUUUGCUAUGGCAGGCGACCAGACGAAAAGCUUCUUAAAGAACACAGCAACGAAGACCGAAGCUAGUGGCCCGGGCUUUAUUCCAGCGCUCGUUAUUCUUGCCCGCUUCAUCUCCUGGACGGCCCUCUGCUUCCUCGAUUUUCCCCAGGGCCUUCUUCAACUGGGCUCCCUGGGCCGCCCUAUGGGCCUCCCGGUGCUCCGGGAAAAAUUCCUGGAGCCGGCUGCGGCUUCUUGGGAGGCCGUGGCGUGUUUCACUUCGCAUUUCUGGAUAUCUGUCGAACCGGAGGCCAAUGCGACUUCCAUGUCUUUGACCGAAGAGGUGGGUUUUGGCGACUGCGGCUGGCCGACAAGCGGCCAGCUGAGUAGUGCAUCAACAAUCUUUAACACCUGUUUGUUCUCCUUGGCUGUGAUUCUUGUCCCACUUCACAUGUGCAUUGUGAUCGGAAUGUUGCUUUGCAAUCCCAUUUACGCCUGUGGCGACGAGAACCUCAGCCUCAAAGAGGAGGUCGAAGCGAAGCAGCGCGAAAUCAACGAUUUCGCGGAGCGCAGCGAGCAAGCUGCGGGACAGCACGAGCAGCUGAGUUCUCUUGCAGACCAGGACAUCGUGAACGACCUGGUUCAAAUUAGCACCUUUCUACUGCACAGAGACUGGUGGUUUGCAGGAUUCAUGAGUUUCUUCAUCCUCCUAAGCUUGGCGCUCGCAGUCCCUGAGAUGGCGGAGGAGAGCAAGCUUCGGCGCUUCGACCCGCUGGGCGAAGCCCGUCUCUGUUUGGCCCGAGGUGUGCCGACCGUGGCUUGGGAGGUGAUGCUCGCUUGUGAGUGGAGCAUCGAAGCACCUGCCACCGGGCUCAUCGCACCCUACGGCGCAACGUUGCUGGCACUCACGCCGCUGCAGGCAGCCAGCUGCCUCUAUGGGUUGGUGAGCUCAGCAAAGGGCAUGGCCGAGGGCAGAUUGGGUGCGGAGGUGUCGACCGGCACUGACGGUGCGGAAGCACAUGCGUUGAAAGCAGUUCGCCCGGUAAAGGUAGGGGUUUUCUUUGCUUGGUACUUGGGCGCAUUUGUGGCGGAGCUGGCUGGCUUCGCCGUGGCGAGUGCGACAUUGCACCCCAUCAUCACAGUGCCUGGGUACCUCCUUGGUGCAGUGGCGAACGGCGCAGCGGCCAGGUGGAGUGGAUCGCAGGAUUUUUUGGAUGCCGCACGAAAUUCUUGCUUCUUGGUUGGCAUUGCCAUGGCAGGCCUCCAGACCAAAAGCUUCCUCAAGAACACAGCAACAAUAACUGGAGGAGGAGGCCCCGGCUACAUUGCAGCGGUUUGCAUUCUGAUGCGCUUCAUCGCCUGGACGGCCCUCUGCCGAUUGGACCUUCCCCAGGGCCUUCUUCCCCUGGGCUCGCUAGGACGGCCCAUGGGCCUCCCGGUGCUCCGGGAAAAAUUCCUAGAGCCGGCCGCCGCUUCUUGGGAGGCCGUGGCGUGUUUCACUUCUCAUUUCUGGAUAUCUGUCGAACCGGAGGCCAAUGCGACUUCCGUAGCUUUGACCGAAGAGGUGGAGUUUGGCGACUGCGGCUGGCCGACAAGCGGCCAGCUGAGUAGUGCCUCCACCAUCUUCAACAGCUGCCUGUUCUCCUUGGCUGCGGUUCUUGUCCCAUUGCACAUGUGCAUUGUGAUCGGAAUGUUGCUUUGCAAUCGCCUGUGGCGACGAGAACCUCAGCCUCAAAGAGGAGGUCGAAGCGAAGCAGCGCGAAAUCAACGAUUUCGCGGAGCGGAACGAGCAAGCUGCGGGACAGCACGAGCAGCUGAGCCUGCUUCCGAAUUAGGCAGAGUCCCCUGGCAGAGCCGAUGA